GUGAAUAUACAGUAAUAACACGUAUUCCCAGUGUUUAAGCAAACAAUGCAUUAGUUUUGGAUGUGUUUUAGUGAAUCGCUAUUUGAAAAGCCGUUUACCAUUAGCGCAGAUAAUCGCGAGACUCGGAGGAAUAGGUGACGGGAUAGAGGAGUGAUAAUCGGGGCGACGCUUACCUGUCAUCCGAGCCGAAGAUGUGGUCGUUUUGGUCGAGAGACCCGACGAAAGACUUCGGGUAUGAGAUGCAAGACAUCGUCACCACUGAUGACAAAUCCAUUUGGUGUCUGCAAAACGCUAAGAAAAAAUCUUCCGGCGAAUUGGUGUCAAUCUUCAGGUAUGAACUGAAACCGAGUGGUGAUAAUCACGUCGAUAGAGCCAAGAAUGCUGUCAAACGGCUCAAGACGUUACGGCACCCAUCGAUCCUCACAUACGUCGACUCACUGGAGUCCGACAAAUAUGUAUAUGUGGUGACCGAACACGUGGUGCCGUUGGAGCAGUACUUGCAGUCCAUAUCCGACUAUACGCUGCAACAGAAACAGUUGGCCAUUAGUUGGGGUGUACUUCAAGUGGCGAAAGGACUGGGAUUUCUCAUAAAUGACUGCAAUCUAUCCCAUAAUAACAUAUCUAUGCCAUCAAUAUAUGUCAACUCCGGCGGCGUCUGGAGGAUAGCGGGUCUCGAGUACGUGUCGAGCAAUGCGGACGACUCGUACCCGCCCACCAAAGCGCUGUCUUUUCAGCACAAAUACACGCCUCCCGAACGGACGGACACUACGCGCCGACAGAGCGGACCCAAAUGGUCCGCCGACAGUUGGGGUUUAGGGUGUCUUAUAUGGGAGGCCUUUAACGGUCUGUUACCCGAAGCGAGUAAACUGAAAACCCUGGGAAAGAUCCCGAAGUCAUUGACGACGCCAUACAAAGAACUCAUUAGCAAUAGUCCCGGCGAUCGGUUGAGUCCCACGGACUUCGUGACCAAAUGUCGGGCCGCCAACGGGUUCUUCAAAAAUAAUUUUAUCGAUUCGAUGCUAUUCUUAGAGGAAAUACAGAUUAAGGACACGAUCGAGAAGAACAGGUUUUUCACGAAUUUAGACAAUCAUUUGGAUUCGUUUCCGAAAGACAUUUGCAAGAAUAAGAUUUUGCCACAACUGGUCACCGCCUUCGAGUUUAGUGCCGUCGGGUCAGCCAUUUUGGGACCCCUUUUCAAAAUCGGCAAAUCGUUAGACGAAGAGGAAUACCAGAAAAAGAUCGUUCCCUGUGUUGUCAAACUGUUUGCUUGUAAGGACAGGGCUACCAGGGCUAAGCUCUUACAGCAGAUGGAGUCAUUCAUUGGUUAUAUUCAGCCGAAUGUCGUCAACGACAGUGUCUUUCCGCACGUGUGUCAGGGAUUCCUGGACUCCAAUCCCGUCAUUCGGGAACAGACUGUCAAAUGUAUGCUACACAUGGCCUCCAAACUAAACUACCAUAACCUCAAUGAGGAGAUCAUCAAAAACUUCGCGCGCCUACAGGCCCGGGACGAGGAGGGCGGCAUACGGACCAACACGACGGUGUGCUUGGGAAAGGUGGCCAGUCAUCUGCACCCGCAGACCCGGCAGACGGUUCUGGUGCCGUCGUUCCUGAGGUCGAUGCGCGACCCCUUCCCCCCGGCCCGCAUCGCCGGCAUACUGGCCCUCUCGGCGACCCAGAACUUCUACUCACUGCGCGAGUGCUCGACGCGUGUGAUGCCGGCCCUCUGCCACCUCGUUAUGGACCCCGAGAAGCAGGUCAGGGAUCAGGCGUUCAAAGCGCUCAAAGGGUUUGUCAGCAAAAUGGAGAAAGUGUCGGAAGACCCGGCGCUCGCCGAACAGAUGGAGGCCGACCUGAACGCGGCGGGCAGUAACGUGUCGUCGACACUGGCGGCCAGUUGGGCGGGUUGGGCCGUCACAUCCCUGGCCUCCAAGUUCUAUCGCACGAAGCCGUCUACGGAUCUCAAGGCGAACACCAGUCAGUCGUCGCCGCCGAAGGAGAGCAAGGAGACCACCGGCGCGGACGGUAGGGAUAAGUCGGAUACGGAUAGACCGCAUACGCCGCACACGCCCUCCAUUCAGAAGUCAGAGUCCGGGGACUCGCAGCUCGACUUUGACGAGGAGGUGUGGGGGUCCAUAGACGCGGACGCCAGUCAUCAGCCCAACCCCACCGCCCGUCGCAAGUCGCUGGACGGCUGGGACGACGACGACCAGUGGAACGGCGAUGAGUUCGGCGGCGAGAAGGAGGCGCCCGAAAAGGGGGCGAAAGUAGGGCCGGAAAGCGACGACUUUUUCGAUAAGUUUACGAACGACUCGACGACCGCUAAGAAGACGACGGAUUCGGCGAAGAAUUGGUCGAAAAGCGAGACUAAGAGCGCGGAUUUGACGCCGGAUUCGAGUGAUAAUAGUAAGCCAUCGGAGGUUAGCGGCGAUGAGCAGCAGCUGAAGAAGGCGGAGGCCGAGCAGCGAAGGGCGCAGAGGAGUAAGGAGUUGGCGGAGCGUAAGGCGGCCGCCGGGAGGGCCGCCAAGAAGGGGCCCAUGAAGUUGGGCGCCCAACGCAUCACUUGACCCGUCAUUCCCUUUAAUUUAUACUAAUUUAUAAUGUUUUUCACGUCAACCGUCUCUCAGAUUAUGUUUCUCCGAGUGUUUAUGAAUCGAUUCGUCGGCUUUUUAUUGCAUAU